AUGUCGGCGGUCAAUGCCACUGUACUGGGCGAACGAGACAGCAACAUAAUCAUGCGCGGUGUUAAAUUUCCUCCUCAGCUUACCCCCGAAGACGAGGAACGGCGGCGGCGACGAAGAGAGCGGAACAAAAUCGCAGCCACCAAGUGCAGACUGAAGAAACGGGAGCGCACCGUCAACCUGGUCUCUGAGAGCGAGGUUCUUGAGAACCAGAACAUCGACCUGAAGGCACAGUUGAAGGACCUGGAAGUGGAGAGGCGGCAGCUCUUGGAAAUGCUCAACGUGCACAAAGCCUCGUGCGUCAAGAACGGAGCGCGGGCCUCGCCCACGAACCCCAGCUACAGCCUCGUCCGCUACGACACCAACACAUUCCCCGCCUUCGAGCAGAGCCCCUACAUCCGCCCCGAGUCGGCCAACAUCCUCGCCUCGGCCACCAGCUUCCCCGGGGAAAUAGAACCCAUCGCGUCCAUCGAGCCUCUCUACAUGUCCCAGAUCAUGGAGGGCGACUACACCCGGCCCGACAGCGUGCUCAGCCUACAAACCAACCCUGACGCCUUCGUCACGACGGACGGCUUCAUAUCCAAGACCACAAACCUCCUCGUCCCGAUCGAGUCCGAACAAGAGUACUACGAUGCGGAAACCAACUACAACUUGAGCACGCAACAGUGCCAUACGUACCCCGCGACCGUCCCCGACUCGCAAACCAAACUCAACAACGGCCUCAACGACGGCUGCCUGGUCUAACAUCUCACGAGUAUACGUAUGUUUAAGCAUUGAGAAAUUCGGAAUAGAGCGUCAUCACCGUUGCAACUUUUACUUCACUUUAUUUCUGUGUCCAAUGUGAUAAUUUUUCAUAACUUUGUCUUUAAAAGUGAAGUAAAAGCUGCCCUUUGUUCGUAUUAUAUAGAAAUUUAAGCUAAAGCAGGGAUGGGAGGUAUAUUUCGAAACGAAGUCGUAUGUCUACUGUGUAGAACAACAGCGUAGAUUAGUAUGGUGCCUGUAUCGCGUAUGACGAGUGGAACUAAAGGGUAUUGGCGAAGAUUACUCCGUAUAGGUAGGUAUCAACAUUUUCAUUUCAAAUAUUUCGACAUUGUGACCAUUUAUUUAUGUUAUGUUUAUUUUAUUCCGCGUUGUGAAAUAAUAAAAUUAUUGCUUAACACUUCAAUAGAAACUGUGAAACAGUUGAUAGGUAGGUACCCCCUAUUUUAUUUUUACCUAGAUGUUUAACUCUUAACAUAUGAUUAGGUACCACUCGGUUAUUUUUUUAAGUUAAAUAAUUUUGCUUUGAUCUGUUUAAUAAUAAGUUUACUGGUUGAGAUCUGAUUAUGUGGUGCAAUAUGAGAAAUGAGAUUAAAUCGAUGAAAGUAUCU